AUGGUAGGGCACUAAGUGAAAAGAUCAACAAUAUCGGCUUGCCUUUGACAUCGCAUCUUACAAGGUUUAUGCAAUAUAAAUGCUAAAACGAUUCAUUGAUGGCACGGAGAGGUGGUCAAUAUAAAACACGACAACGUCUAUGACAUCCCACACUGACCUCAUCAUACCGGAGAGAUGAACGCGGUGGUGUUGUUAUCGUUGGUAGCGGCUGUAGUGGGCGAGGCACCUUAUAACUUACCCCGGCCAGCACCUCAUGCGCCAGCCAUCAACUACCAACCUAUUCCAGUACAGCCACAGCCGAAUCCUCAACCACAGGCUCCUCAAUACCCCUCUAAUGGAUACAGUUAUCAAAGACCAAGCAAUCCUAUUCUAAUUCCUUCUGACCCAGUUCCACAGCCUCAAUAUCCUCAACCAAUUAGACCAGCACCGCAACCUUUACCCCAUUACCCGCAACCACAGCCUGUACCCCACUACCCGCAACCACAGCCUGUACCCCACUACCCGCAACCACAGCCUGUACCGAAUUACCCUCAACCAAUAAGACCAGCACCACAACCUGUGCCUCACUACCCGCAACCACAACCCGUACCUUACUACCCUCAACCACAGCCUGUACCCCACUACCCGCAACCACAGCCUGUACCGAAUUACCCUCAACCAAUAAGACCAGCACCACAACCUAUACCUUCCUACCCGCAACCACAACCCGUGCCUCACUACCCUCAACCAAUUAGGCCAGCACCACAGCCGGUGCCCCACUAUCCUCAACCACAACCUGCCCCUUACUUCCCACAACCUCAACCAAUAGCACCACAGCCGCAACCUAUUUCACCACCGGGCACAUCUUACGGAGUGCCAGCCCCCAUACAACCAUACCAGCCUCUUCCCUCAGUCAUUCCUCAGCCUCAACCAGCUCCUAUCCUAUACCAGCAACAACAAGUACAAUACCAACAGCAGCAGCAACAACAACAAGUUCAAUACCAACAGCAUCAGCAACAACAGCAAGUACAAUACCAACAGCAACAGGUGGUGGAGCAGCAAGUACAACAACAACAACAGCCACAACAACUCUUACCUCAAGGAUACCUUUACCCACAAGGACAACCUGCCCAACAAGUGUCAGUAAAAUCUCAAGAGUCGAGUUCCGCAGUGUCAAGUUACCAGGCCGACUCCAUUCAGUACAGCAACGCCCAACAAGAUCAGGUUCACAGAGAAGCUUUAGACAACGUCGUUGUUAGUCGAGUACAAGAUGUUAUAAAGGACAGCGAACACUCAUCAGCUAAGGAGUCGGGAUAUGUUUCCCUCGUUUCUGGAGUGUCUUUGGGAGAAGCUAAGCCAAGCAGAGAAAUAUUAUCUUUUGUGCACAGUUCGCCAGUGUCUGGCCAAUCUAGUCAAAGCUCCCAAUCAUCUUCAUCUUCAUCAUCAUCAUCAUCAUCAUCAUCAUCAUCAUCAUCAUCAUCAGUAGAACAACAAAACGAUUCUUCGGAUUACAGUCUGUCGUCUGAUGAAUUAAGGGGGGCAUUCUUGCCGGAAAACAAACCGGCGUCGUCAUACGGUUUACCAAAUUAAUUAUAAAUAAUAUAAUCAAAAUUUAUUUUGUAAAUACGAGUAUUUGUAAUAAAGUUUGUAAAUAAAGUAUUUUAGAUA